CAACAUGAUGUUGCAGUUCUUCUUUCCGCAAGUGUACGAGGACAGGUGCGUGACCGUCGCAGCACCAGACACCAUGCGCCAGUACACAGGCAUGUGGCUGACGGUGGACUUCAACGACCCCACCACGCUCACCACACCUUUCCUACAGGUGAGUGUGGGAGAUGUACUUCAUUGCAUGUGUUGUCAUGUAUGCGCUGAGUUUACACUGAACUCUCUUUUACGAGCGUGGUAG